CGCUAAGGAUGCAAGCUGCCGUUAAAACCCCAAAAGAAGAAGAAGAAAAAGCGGGGACGGGGAGGACGCAACAGUUUCCCAGCAUACAGUGGGGCAUCAUGGCGGACACAAGGGAGAAGGGGCUGCAAGACUACAGGAAAAAAUUGCUCGAACACAAAGAAAUUGACGGGCGGUUGAAAGAAUUGAGAGAACAGCUGAGAGAACAAACUAAACAGUACGAGAAGUCAGAAAAUGAUCUGAAGGCUCUGCAAAGUGUUGGUCAGAUUGUGGGAGAAGUGCUCAAACAGCUGACUGAGGAGAAAUUUAUCGUUAAGGCCACCAACGGCCCCAGAUAUGUGGUUGGAUGCCGCAGACAGUUGGACAAGUCCCAGCUGAAGCCAGGCACCAGAGUGGCUUUGGAUAUGACCACACUCACUAUAAUGAGGUACCUGCCGAGAGAGGUGGACCCUCUGGUCUACAAUAUGUCCCAUGAGGACCCUGGCAGCGUCUCCUACUCUGAGAUUGGAGGCUUGUCCGAACAGAUCCGUGAGCUGAGAGAGGUGAUUGAGCUGCCUCUGACCAACCCUGAGCUCUUCCAGAGAGUUGGCAUCAUCCCCCCUAAAGGCUGCCUGCUCUACGGGCCUCCAGGAACUGGGAAGACUCUUCUUGCCAGAGCAGUGGCCAGUCAGCUGGACUGUAACUUCCUCAAGGUCGUGUCCAGCUCCAUCGUGGACAAGUACAUCGGUGAGAGCGCCAGGCUGAUCAGAGAGAUGUUCAACUAUGCAAGAGACCACCAGCCCUGCAUCAUCUUUAUGGAUGAGAUUGAUGCCAUCGGCGGCCGUCGUUUCUCUGAGGGAACUUCUGCUGACAGAGAGAUCCAGAGGACUCUGAUGGAGCUACUGAACCAGAUGGACGGCUUUGAUACGCUGCACAGAGUCAAGAUGAUCAUGGCCACCAACAGACCUGACACUCUAGACCCCGCCCUGCUGCGUCCCGGCAGACUGGACCGUAAAAUCCACAUCGAACUGCCCAAUGAACAGGCUCGUCUGGACAUCCUCAAAAUCCACGCCAGUCCCAUCACCAAGCACGGAGAAAUAGAUUAUGAAGCCAUUGUAAAGCUGUCGGAUGGUUUCAACGGAGCAGAUCUGAGAAACGUGUGCACAGAAGCAGGUUUGUUUGCCAUCCGCGCUGACCGCGAGUACGUCACUCAGGAGGACUUCAUGAAAGCCGUGCGGAAGGUGGCGGAUUCAAAGAAGCUUGAGUCCAAGCUGGAUUACAAGCCUGUAUAAACCCUCAGUUUCAUAGCCCUUCCUUUUAGUUUGGAUUUGCUGUGUUCCUUCUCCUCACAGUUGCCAACAAAGUGACUUUUACUUAGUAACCCCUGUUUCAACUGGUUUGUGUGACCUGCCUUUAUUAAACUCUGCAUCAUAAAGGCUGAUCAUUCCACAGAACACCUGAUAAAAAAAACUUGUACUGAAAAUACACUCUUAUAUGGAAA